GGCUUCGAGUUCUCGCCGUUACAAUAUGGCGGAGGUCACUCUUAUGGUUCCCAUGUGAAAGAGCCGAGGUGACGUGUCUUCUAUUUUCCAAUUUCCUGACAGUGGUUUUACAAAAUGAACGCCUUUAAACGCGAUAAAAAGGAGGAAGAAGAUGGUGGGGGAAAUCCUUUCCAAAACCUAGAAAAGACAACCGUUCUUCAGGAAGCUCGUACCUUCAACGACACUCCGGUUAAUCCAAGAAAAUGCGCGCACAUUCUAACCAAAAUCCUAUACCUACUGAAUCAGGGGGAACAGUUGGGUACGAUGGAAGCGACAGAGGCAUUUUUUGCCAUGACCAAGCUAUUUCAGUCCAGGGACGUUGUCCUGAGAAGGUUGGUCUAUCUAGGUAUCAAGGAACUGAGUUCUCUGGCAGAAGAUGUGAUUAUAGUUACGUCGAGCUUAACCAAGGAUAUGACCGGGAAAGAAGAUUUGUACAGAGCUGCUGCGAUAAGAGCGUUAUGUACCAUCACUGACGGUGGAAUGCUAGCAGCUAUCGAACGUUAUAUGAAACAAGCUAUAGUAGAUCGUUCUCCUGCUGUUUCCAGCGCUGCUUUAGUUUCCUCUUUGCACUUGACCAACGUCUCUGGAGACGUAGCACGUAGAUGGGCGAACGAAGCUCAGGAAGCGCUAAAUUCUAAUAACGUGAUGGUUCAGUACCAUGCCCUUGGUGUCUUGUAUCAGGCGCGUAAAGCAGAUAAACAUGCAGUGAUUAAGUUAGUCGCCAAGCUCAUGAGAACAAGUCCAAAAAGCCCUUACGCAGCCUGCAUGUUAAUUAGAAUGGCGUGUAAAUUACUAGACGAAGUCGACAAAGGAGAAGAACUAUUGGGAUUUAUAGAAUCUUGUUUACGUCAUAAGUCGGAGAUGGUGGUAUACGAAGCGGCGCAUGCCUUGAUCAAUCUUGGAAGAAGUUGCACGAAGGAGAUAACGCCUGCUAUUAGCGUCCUCCAAUUAUUCUGUGGAUCUCAGAAACCAGCUUUGAGAUUCGCCGCUGUCAGAACCUUGAAUAAAGUUGCCAUGUCUCAUCCAACGGCGGUUACCGCGUGCAACUUAGACUUGGAGAACUUGAUCACCGAUUCGAACAGAUCUAUCGCUACGUUGGCAAUUACUACCCUAUUAAAAACUGGAGCGGAAAGUUCGGUUGAUCGAUUGAUGAAACAAAUUGCUACCUUUGUGUCUGAAAUUUCAGAUGAAUUUAAGGUCGUAGUUGUACAAGCUAUAAGAGCUCUAUGUCAAAAAUUCCCUCGCAAACAUGCAGUUUUGAUGAACUUUCUCUCUGCUAUGCUAAGAGACGAGGGAGGACUCGAAUACAAAGCAGCAAUUGCGGACACGAUAAUAGCUGUUAUGGAGGUAAAUGCCGAGGCGAAAGAAGCCGGUUUAGCUCACCUCUGCGAAUUUAUCGAAGAUUGCGAGCAUAACUCGCUCGCCGUUCGCAUUCUUCACUUACUUGGUCAGGAAGGGCCAACUUCGAAACAACCAUCUCGAUAUAUUCGCUUCAUUUACAAUCGUGUGAUUCUGGAGAGUGCCAGCGUUCGUGCAGCCGCAGUUACCGCGUUAGCGCGUUUUGCAGCAACAUGUCCUCCGUUACUACCAAACGUGCUAGUUCUUCUGUCCCGCUGUCAAUUGGAUUCGGAUGACGAAGUCCGCGAUCGUGCAGCUUAUUACUGCGCUAUUCUACAGGAACAAAACGAACCAAGUAUUUUGCCUUUGGUACAGCCUCCUCUUCUCUCCGUACCCAGUCUGGAAAGAGCUUUGCGAAAUUAUAUGCAAACAUCGAUGGACGAACCAUUCGACAUCUCGCAGGUAAUUGAUCCAAGCUUCGAAAUUUCCGAAAUUCAAAAGCUCUCUAGUCUGAUCGAUCGAUUGUUCGCGUUACAGAUUCCACCAGCGCAAACGGCCGAAGAACCAACACAAGUAGAACUACAUACUACUGUGAAACAACAGCCUCGAUUAACGCGUGAGGAGAGCUUCAUGGAAAAAUUGUCACAAAUACCACAUUUGGCUAACAUUAUUCGUGAUUCUUCCUUGCUUAAGUCUUCGCCCGUCUCUGAAUUAACAGAGUCGGAAACGGAAUAUAACGUUAAGUGCGUUAAGCACACGUUCACGGAAUUCCUUAUUUUGCAAUUCGAUUGUGUAAAUACUCUUUCCGAUCAAUUACUCGAGGAUGUGAGAGUAGCUGUCGAAGCACCUGAAGGCUAUACGAUCGUGACCGAGGUUCCAUGCCCUCGUCUACCUUACAACGAGCUUGGUACAACAUAUACAGUAUUAAAAUACCCAGAAGACAUUUAUGCCAGUGUUGCUACUAUUCCUACAACCCUGCGAUUCGUAGCUCGCGAUUGCGACCCUGCGACGGGUGUUCCAGAUGCCGAUCAAGGAUACAACGACGAAUACAUGUUAGAGGAUUUGGAGGUGACGUUGGCCGAUCAAGUUCGCGGAAUCGGAAACAGAGGAUUAGAUUUCGGUGCUGCGUGGGAAGCAGCGGCUGCCGGAGGAUUCACCAAGCUGGAAGAAACGUUUGCUUUAGGCUCAUCGGUGAACAGUUUGGAAGGAGCGAUUCAAAGUCUCACAGGAUUUUUGGGCUUGGAUGCCGUGGAGCGAACCAAUCGAGUACAAUCUGGUGCUGCCACGCAUAAUUUACUAUUGAGCGGCGUCUUCAGAGGAGGGAAAGAAGUCCUUGCGCGAGCAAGAUUAGCGAUAUCGGACAGUCAAGUAACAAUGCAACUUAGCGUACUGUGUCAAGACGCAGACGUUGCCGAGUUAAUUAUUUCUUCUGUAGGAUAAACUAUUGCCAUUAGAUCUAUUAUACGCGUAUCACGUAUCGAUAGAUUAGUCCCGUAGAAGUCGGUGUCCUGUACUAGAAACUUUUUAUUUUUAAUAUUAAAAAUACAAUGCUAUAAGCAAACAUGUUACAAAAUGGGACUAUUGUUAAAUCCCUAUUUCUAUGUAAUACUUUGUACAUACAAUUAUAAAACGAUUCUAUAAAUAA